AUGUCCACGCCAUACGACUCGCAGAGUACUUCGCAGUCGUCGCGGAAAAGCUCGUUUCAGUCAGACGAUGGCCUGCUUCGCACUGGAGGCAACUCUCGCUUAAGGCCCGAGGAUGCCAUAUAUGGACCAUCGCCUCCUCGACAUCGGCCUCGUCAAAGCAGCCCUCUUGGCAGGAGCGAUACUGUGACCACUGCUACGGCGCCAAUAAAUGACAGCCGCAGACGUCGUGACAGACGUAGAGGCCGAAGCAGUAGCCGACGUAAGGCCGGGCCAUGGAAGAAGCUGCUUUGGGUGAAGCAGAACUAUCCUGACAACUACACUGACGAGGACACCUUCUUGGAUCAUCUACAAUGGAAUCCUAGACUACGGCCAUAUGAGUUCUGGCCUUUGGUUGCCGACAGCACGAUCAUAGUACAGCAUGUUUGCUCAGUUGUGAUAUUUGUAUGCUGUUUCACUGGCAUUUUCCAAGCACGAGUCAGCCCGCAGACGGUUGUUGGCUGGGCCACUGUCGGUACAGUAGCGGGAUGGAUCUUUCGUGAUCUGUGGCAGAGCCAGGAUACGUCAGAAGUGACCGACACCAGCAAGAAUGUACCUGACAAUGAGGAGGCUGAAGUUGCAUCAACAGCGUCGAGCAUAGGCUCUGCUCCAUCGUCUGCUAUAAUACCUCCCGAAUUGAGUACCUUCGUCAAUGAUCAGUACUCAAAUGGUGGAGGCACACUAUACGGCACUCUCUCGAGGAUGCACUCGCGAGACCCUAGCGCUGUCUCGCUCGGUGCAUACAGCGCUUCCGCCAUCCCGAACAGCGACGUUGACAUGAUGUCAAACACUGUUACUACAGUACGUGCAAGCUAUAUUCCGCCAUAUCAAGGCAAGCCUUCGUCAUUCUCGCCGCGCAUGCAGGAGCGUCUCACGACUGCCAAAUCAGCCCUUCUCAUCUACUGCAGUCUUCUAGGCUUAUCGCCUAUACUGAGAUCCCUCACCAAAUCGACUUCGUCCGACAGUAUUUGGGCUUUGAGCAGCUGGCUCAUGAUACUCAAUGUCUUCACCUUCGAUUAUGGAGCUGGUCCAGAAGCGAAAUUUCCUGCCUCUCUGUCCACGAAUGCAGCACUGAUGGCUAGUACUGUGCUUGCUUCUCGUCUGCCAACCACUACGCACGUAUUUAGCUUGACACUCUUCUCUAUAGAAGUCUUUGGCCUGUUCCCUGUCUUCCGCCGUCAUUUGCGACAUCACAGCUGGACUGGUCAUCUAUGUCUUACAACAUUCCUCGUUGUCAUGGCUGGGGCAGGAUUGAGCAUGACAAUCAGUGGAGGCGGCUGGGGCUUUGGGAUGUUCGGGGUCGUGCUUGGUGGAGUUGUCACCGGUCUGAGCAUGGGCAUGACCAGCUGGUGGCUGAUCGGGCUGCAGCGAUACAAGAACGAGAUUCGCGGACCUUGGGAUCCAGCUAAACCCGUCAUCAGACGAGGUUGGGACUGA